ACAGGGUGCCCCAUUCGUGACAAUUGAUUAUUCCUUUAAAAGCGUGUCCUAGCUCCAAUUUAUGUCCUCACCACAAUACACCAUUCACUUGCAAGAAUCUGCAGCCUCUGAUUGUACUCUUGAAGCCCAAAAAUCCUGUACUAAAGUGUAUCAUGGUAUCCAUCAAGAUUCUAGCCUGCUGGCAGAUUCUUUUGGUCUUUCUAAUACACCCUUCACCCCAAGUUGCUUGUUUUUCCAAAAUGGUUUCUUUGGCCUCUGCUGCCACCACAGUUACUGCAGCUUCGGACAGUGAAGCAAAUGCAUUGUUAAAGUGGAAAUACAGCCUUGACAAGCCAAGCCAAGAUCUCUUGUCAACAUGGAAAGGUUCUAGUCCAUGCAAAAAAUGGCAAGGAAUUCAGUGCGAUAAAUCCAACUCUGUCUCCAGAAUAACUCUUGCAGAUUAUGAACUGAAAGGUACACUUCAAACCUUCAACUUCUCCGCUUUCCCUAACCUCCUCAGCCUAAAUAUAUUCAACAACUCCUUUUAUGGGACCAUUCCACCACAAAUUGGUAACAUGUCCAAAGUAAAUAUUUUGAAUCUUUCUACAAAUCAUUUCCGUGGUUCUAUCCCUCAAGAAAUGGGGAGACUAAGGAGUUUACAUAAGCUUGAUCUUUCCAUAUGUCUAUUAAGUGGAGCUAUUCCUAAUACCAUAACAAACUUGUCCAACUUGGAAUAUCUAGAUUUCGGUAGCAACAAUUUUUCUAGCCACAUUCCUCCAGAGAUUGGAAAGUUGAACAAGUUGGAGUAUCUAGGCUUUGGGGAUAGUCACCUUAUCGGUUCCAUUCCUCAAGAAAUUGGAAUGUUGACAAAUCUUCAAUUUAUUGAUUUGUCAAGAAACUCUAUCUCUGGUACUAUACCUGAAACAAUAGGUAACAUGAGUAACUUAAAUAUACUUUACCUUUGCAAUAACUCCCUUCUAUCUGGGCCAAUCCCAUCCUCCUUAUGGAACAUGUCUAACUUGACCGACCUCUACCUUUUUAACAAUACACUUUCUGGAUCAAUCCCUCCUUCCGUAGAAAACUUGAUCAAUUUAGAGUAUCUUCAACUUGAUGGCAACCACCUUUCUGGAUCCAUUCCUUCCACCAUUGGAAACUUGACAAAUCUCAUCGAGUUGUAUUUAGGACUCAACAAUCUUUCUGGAUCAAUUCCUCCCUCUAUAGGGAACUUGAUCAAUUUGGAUGUCCUUAGUCUCCAAGGAAACAAUCUUUCAGGAACUAUUCCUGCCACAAUUGGAAAUAUGAAAAUGCUCACCGUUUUAGAAUUGACCACCAACAAACUUCAUGGCAGCAUUCCACAAGGCUUGAAUAACAUUACCAACUGGUUUUCCUUCUUAAUAGCUGAGAAUGAUUUCACAGGCCAUUUACCACCUCAAAUUUGCUCUGCUGGGUAUCUAAUCUAUUUAAAUGCUGAUCACAACCAUUUCACGGGUCCAGUGCCAAGAAGCCUAAAGAAUUGCCCGAGUAUUCUUAAAAUCAGGCUGGAUGGCAACCAAUUGGAAGGAGAUAUAGCACAAGAUUUUGGUGUAUAUCCAAAUUUGGAUUACAUUGAUUUGAGCGACAACAAGCUAUACGGCCAAAUUUCACCAAACUGGGGGAAGUGCCACAAUCUUAAUACAUUGAAGAUAUCCAACAAUAAUAUUUCUGGUGGUAUACCAAUAGAACUUGUUGAGGCAACCAAGCUAGGUGUCCUUCACCUUUCUUCUAACCACUUGAAUGGAAAACUUCCAAAGGAAUUAGGGAAUAUGAAAUCAUUAAUUCAACUCAAGAUUAGCAACAACAAUAUUUCUGGAAACAUUCCUACAGAAAUUGGAUCACUGCAAAAUCUUGAAGAAUUGGAUCUUGGAGAUAAUCAGCUGAGUGGCACAAUACCGAUAGAAGUUGUGAAAUUACCCAAGUUAUGGUAUUUGAAUUUGAGCAAUAAUAGAAUAAAUGGAAGCAUUCCCUUUGAGUUUCACCAAUUUCAGCCUCUUGAAUCUCUUGAUCUUAGCGGGAAUUUGUUGAGUGGAACAAUACCAAGACCACUUGGAGACUUGAAGAAACUGCGCUUGUUGAAUCUCUCUCGCAAUAAUCUUUCUGGAAGUAUUCCCUCCAGUUUUGAUGGCAUGUCAGGUUUAACUUCGGUGAACAUAUCAUACAACCAGUUAGAAGGGCCACUUCCUAAAAAUCAAGCCUUUCUUAAGGCUCCAAUUGAGUCGUUGAAAAAUAACAAGGACUUGUGUGGCAACGUCACUGGCUUGAUGCUUUGCCCAACCAACCGCAAUCAAAAGAGGCACAAGGGCAUUCUAUUGGUUUUAUUUAUUAUCCUGGGUGCUCUUACACUAGUAUUGUGUGGGGUGGGAGUUUCAAUGUACAUUCUUUGUUUGAAAGGUAGCAAGAAAGCAACCCGUGCUAAAGAAUCAGAAAAGGCACUGUCUGAAGAAGUGUUUUCCAUAUGGAGUCAUGAUGGAAAAGUUAUGUUUGAAAAUAUCAUUGAAGCUACCGAUAACUUCAAUGACAAAUACCUCAUUGGAGUUGGAGGGCAAGGGAGUGUUUACAAGGCUGAGUUGUCUUCAGAUCAGGUUUAUGCGGUGAAGAAGCUUCAUGUGGAAGCAGAUGGAGAGCAGCACAAUCUUAAAGCUUUUGAAAAUGAAAUUCAAGCUUUGACCGAAAUCAGGCACCGUAACAUUAUAAAGCUCUGUGGAUAUUGCAAACAUACACGGUUCUCAUUUUUGGUUUAUAAGUUCUUAGAAGGGGGUAGCUUGGAUCAAAUACUAAGCAAUGACACAAAAGCAGCUGCAUUUGACUGGGAAAAGAGGGUGAAUGUUGUUAAAGGUGUGGCCAAUGCUUUAUCCUAUAUGCAUCAUGAUUGCUCACCUCCAAUUAUUCAUCGAGACAUAUCAAGCAAGAAUAUUCUUUUGGAUUCACAAUAUGAAGCCCAUGUCUCUGAUUUUGGGACAGCUAAGAUUCUCAAGCCUGAUUCACACACUUGGACCACGUUUGCAGUCACCUAUGGGUACGCAGCUCCAGAGCUUGCCCAGACUACGGAAGUGACAGAGAAAUGUGAUGUAUUCAGUUUUGGAGUUCUUUGUCUAGAAAUCAUCAUGGGGAAGCAUCCAGGAGAUCUCAUGUCUUCAUUGUUAUCUUCAUCUUCAGCAACAAUAACUUAUAAUUUGUUACUAAUUGAUGUGCUAGACCAAAGGCCUCCUCAACCUCUAAACUCAAUUGUUGGGGAUGUCAUUUUGGUUGCAAGCUUGGCAUUUUCUUGCAUAAGUGAAAAUCCAAGUUCUCGCCCAACCAUGGAUCAAGUGUCUAAAAAGCUUAUGAUGGGGAAACCACCUUUAGCAGACCAGUUCCCUAUGAUUAGACUUGGACAACUCCUCUAAAGCACUGAACUACUGAAAUAUUUUGUUUUUCUCUCUGUAAACCGUGUAUCCUUUAUCUUAUGCUGUAAGCUUGUAUGUAUUGUCACUGUAAUAUAUCCUCAUGUACAAGUUACUUGAGCAGCUAGCUAGGUUUUGUGGUUCAAAUGUUAGUGGGAUUGGGACUCUGAUGUGGGGAAUAAUCCUUAGUGGAGUCUGAUCAUGCAUAUGUUCAAGUUAUUGGUUUGAAUAAAAGUAAAGUAAGAAUGAUUGACUUUUUGA